GUUUGUGUUACUUAUAGCGGUAGUCUGAGGAGUCGGCAGUAGGGGUCGCCUGGGGGGUUAGUGGACUCUGCUCCCUGUGAUCUCCACUGGAAACUAUGGAAUAUACUUGAAAAUCACACAUUAUUGGAAGAGCAAUGGGAGGUGGUUCACCACAGCCCAGCUCUACCUUGGGAAAAUUGUGUUCAUAUCUCAACGACAUCAGCUCUCCAGUGGAAAACUUGUGAUCCAUUGGAAACCUCGGCCGUUGUUCCUGAGAGCAGUGUUACUUGAUGUGCCUUCCUGAUCAAUCCAAUUUGCUCAUUAAAUGAAAAGGUUAAAUUAUUUUACACAAUUUUGUGUAUGGGUAAAUCUGCCUAGCUAAAGAAAAGAAAAAAUUGGUACAGUGUUGUCUAUCAACAUGAUUGAUACGCACAUGGUCCUUAGAGAAUAAGGCUAUGAAAAUUUCAGUAAUGAAGAAGAAUUCUUGAUUAUAAUAAAAGCACCUAACCCUGUACGGCUUGAUGGCGCCUUAAGUGAAAUUUUGUUCUUCCGUAAUUGAGUGUUAAAAUAAGACUACUAAUUAAGAAGAGUUAUCCCCAUGCCAAUGAUGGGUGAUGGACAAGAUGUCGUUGAAGUGGGAGGAGGAGGAGAUGAUGGAGGUACUGUUGACGUCCAAGAUGCCAACAGGGCAAUACAGCGGCUUCAGGAGUUAGAGCGACUCUUCCUUUCUGGGCCUGCUGAAACAAGUGGCCAGAGUUACUCUGUAGAAACCCUCUUGGAUGUGCUUGUGGUUUUGUAUGAUGAAUGCACAAACUCAUCACUACGUCGUGAGAAGACUGUGUCUGACUUCAUUGAAUAUGUGAAACCGGUGGUGCAGCGUGUGAAGGCUCUUCGACUGACCCGAGACGACUUCGAAGUGAUAAAGGUGAUAGGACGAGGAGCUUUUGGCGAAGUAUGUGUCGUCAAGCUAAAAGGAACUGACAGAGUCUUUGCUAUGAAGAUUCUAAAUAAGUGGGAGAUGCUUAAGAGAGCGGAGACUGCGUGUUUUCAUGAGGAGCGCGACGUAUUAGUCUUUGGGGACAGACGCUGGAUAACUAACCUUCACUAUGCCUUUCAAGAUGAUAGUAAUCUAUAUUUGGUGAUGGAUUACUAUUGUGGAGGGGACUUGCUCACUUUACUUAGUAAAUUUGAGGACAGACUCCCAGAAGAUAUGGCACGUUUCUACAUUGCAGAAAUGAUUCUUGCUAUAGAUUCUAUACAUCAGUUAAGAUAUGUCCACCGAGACAUCAAACCGGACAAUGUAUUACUAGAUGCCAAUGGCCAUAUACGACUGGCAGAUUUUGGAUCUUGUCUACGACUUCAAGAGGACGGGACGGUACAGAGCAAUGUAGCAGUAGGAACACCUGAUUAUAUAUCUCCAGAAAUCCUCAGGGCCAUGGGAGAAGGACAGGCUAUGGAGGAUGGCCAGGGGCGGUAUGGCCGGGAGUGUGAUUGGUGGUCGUUGGGUGUGUGUAUGUACGAAAUGCUGUUUGGAGAAACUCCCUUCUAUGCAGAGUCGUUGGUGGAAACGUAUGGAAAAAUAAUGAACCAUAAGAAUUGUUUUGAUUUUCCAACUGAUCUAGGCUAUGAUGUAAGCGAAGAAGCGAAAGAGCUUAUGAGGCAACUUAUAUGUGCUUCAGAAUAUCGAUUAGGCAAGAAUGGCAUUAACGACUUUAAGCCAAAUCAGUGACAAGGGGUGCUUGUUAACCCUUUCACUCACUGCAUCAGUACAUGUUGGGACCUCAUCAGAUGUGAUAUCCUACGAGAGACGGAUUAAAAGUCUUGAGUCGGAAAAUAGAGAAUUAUUGAAACUAGCAGAUAGAAUAGAUGGAAGUCCAGGUUCAGCUACUGAAGAAUUGAAAAAAUUAGUUGAUCAGGUGCAAGUUCUUACCACGCAAAAUCAAGAAUUGUCAUACGAGGUAUCUUCCUUGAAAAGAAGAGCCACAGAUGGAAUGAGUGAAGCUGAUGUUAAACUUAAGGAGAUGGACCGUUUGUUAAAAGCGGUGAUGCAGGAGAAGGAAAACUCUAGUAGAGAAAUAGCAGAUUUACAAGAAAAAUUAACAUUACAAACAAAGGAAUUACAAGAUGCACUAACUCAGAGAAAGUUGGCAAUGUCAGAAUACAGCGAAGUUUCAGAUAAAUUAACGGAAUUGAGAAAUCAGAAGCAAAAAUUAUCACGACAAGUUCGAGACAAAGAGGAAGAACUAGAAACAGCAAUGCAAAAAAUUGACACUCUGAGACAAGAUCUACGCAGAGCAGAAAAACUUAGACGUGAAUUGGAGGGACGAUCCGAGGAAGCUGAGGCAGAGGCAAGUAAAGAGCGCAAGUUACGAGAACGUUCAGAGGAAUACACACGGAAUAUAGAGGGAGAAUUAGAGAAGAUGCAACAAAGACCACAAGGCAGAAGUCCGUCUCUUAACUCUAUUGAAGCAUCACAAGAAGUAACAAGGUGAAUGAAUCACUUAAAUCUGUCUUCUGUCUGACUACAAUUCUUUUAUUUCUUUUUCUUUUUAACACACUGGCUGUCUCUUACCGAGGUAAGGUGACCUGAAAAAGAAGAAACACUUUCACCAUCACUCACUCCAUUGCUGUCUUGCCAGAGGUGCACUGACAUUAUGGCUUAGAUGCCCCUCCAAAUUGCAAUAUCCCUACCCCUCCUUCAGAGUGAAGGCACUGUACUUGCCAAUGGGUAACCAGUUUACCCUGAAACCCUUAAAAAUGUUACCUUGCUCACAUUCCAACAGCACAUUAACUUACAAAAUCCACCUAACCCUACUCACAUCUAAUACACUUGCACAUAACUGUUGGAUGUCCAAGCACCCUCACAUACAAAACCUCCUUUAUCCCCUCCCUCCAACCUUUCCUAGGACGACCCCUACCCCUCCUUCUUUCAACUACGGAUUUUGUUCCAUCCUCUCUAAAUAUAUACAAACAACCUCAUAUUAUUUCUUACUUGAAUUAAUAUUGUGUCUCAUUUUCAAUGUUUAGUUUUGCAUAUAAUUUUUUUUAAUAUUUCUGCUGACUAUCACACAACUUGUCUUAUUUUUAUUUCAUUGGUCAUUGAAGAAAUAUUUUCUGUCUUGUCUGGUACUUUGAUACCAAAAUGAGAGACAAAGUUCAGGGAAAC